CGUGGGUCUCAAACUCGAUGGGCUUUCCUAUCUUUAUUACCCAAAAAGAGUUUGUUUCACAGUUGUCGUCAUGUUUAAGUAAGCAUAUCGGUGAAACGGGUAAAAACUUCACUUGUGUAGUGAAGAGAAACCGUGACUUGAAGGGUGGCGAUUUCGUCGUACCAAAGGGUCAUUCCCAAGAUCUGCUCUCGGAAGAGAUGCUGGCCACUUUCAAAAGAGCAUGUCAGGAGAAGGCAUGUGGGAAUGGAAUACAGAUACAAACAGUGUCAGCAAGUCCAGCAUUCCCAGUUUGUAUAUUUCUGCAUAGAGGAACAGUGUUUCAGUCUGUUUUGUCUGAGGUCAAAAAACAGGGUUCUGCAUAUGGCAUCAUCAGAUAUGGACAUGCAUGUGAGAGGUGCCAUAGAGUUGUGCUGUUACAUCUUUCUGCUCUCACCAGUAAAGUCAUAGGGCCAGGAGUUGAGAGUUGUCUUCCCAUUAACUGCCUCAGAAGCCUUACCCUCCUAAAUCACAUGAGACAACUUCUGGUGACUAACAGGCACACUGUCAGAUGUGUCCCUAGUCAGUUGACAUCACAUGCUGAACACCUGUUUAAAUUGUUGGAGAUUGACUAUCCUGGGCCUGCAGACCUGACAGAAGUAACAAACAGACUAAAGACAGCAGCAAUGAAGAGUAAAUACAGGUGUGACAGGUGGCAACAGGGGGAGACUGAAAAACAAACUACAGGUUUCCCUUGUACUAGUCCACCAGGAGAGGAGGACAGCUGUGUGUCCAUAAAUCUCAGACAAUUCCUCAUGGACAACCCAGCUCUGACGGGAUUUGACAAAAAUAUAAACAUCGCAGAUGUAAUUAAAAAUGGUCACCCAACAGAUUUACUGCAUGGAGUCAGUUGCCUUGAGAAAGAGUACUGCUCAUGUAAACAGGAUUCCAUUGGUCAGCCGGAUGUUUCUGUCUCAGUUCUUCAUCUUACUCCCCAUAGUAGAUCAUUUAUAAAUCAACAAGUUGCACUCUUGUGGAGAAUUUUGUCACCUGCAGCUAGCUCAGUAAAACAGGUUCACCUGGUGCAUGGCCCAACAGUAGCACCUCCCAGUGUGAAGCACCAGUUGACCCCAGAGACAUUUUACAGCCUAAUAGAAAACGAAAUGAGGGAAGCUGCAGUAAUGAAGUAUGGAGAUCAAGUUCAAGGUCCAGGCUGGGAGAGGAGUAUUACCUGUCUGACUCAGGCCACUGUGAAAAUGGAACUUCUGAAUUCCUCCUGUAGGAACACGGUGAAGUUGAGCAUCCCUCAGAAUACUGAUGAUUUAGGUGGACCCAAGCGGUGUGGCACUUUCGUGAUGUACAAUUGUGCCAGAUUAGCCAUGCUUUUCUCUCACUUCAACCAAGCUGUCGAGAAAGGUACGUACCCAGAAAUGCCACCUGUGGAAGAGAUUGACUUUAGUGUGCUCAGAGAAGAGGAGGAAUGGAUUCUGAUGUUUAACUAUCUCUGGCCAUAUCCUGAUGUUGUGGCUGAGGCCGUGGCUUGCCUCACGCCUGCUUCAACUUCUCCAAACUCAAUAGGAAUUCACACUCACAAGGUGUGCAAUUUUCUUGUGUCCCUGAGUCAGCAUGUGAGCACCUACUACAGCAGGUGCCAUAUUCUUGGGGAGUCCCGUCCACACCUGUACGCUUUGAUGUUUGCUCGUUUGUACUUGAUGAAGGGUGUGCAUCAGGUGAUGCGGAAUGGACUUGCUCUCAUGGGCAUUCAGCCCCUUAACCAGCUUUGAAACCAAGGAAAAAUAUUAAUUUUGUAAAGAUGUUUCUCCAUUUUUAUGGUAACCUACAGUGAUAAAAUAAAGUGAGUAAAAAUUUGUCACUGGAGUAAUGGCAGGUGUCUCUGUUUUUCGCACACUAAUAUGGAUUAAUUUGGAAAGGCAGGAUUCUGGUCUGUAUAAAAUGCAUUGUUUGCAAAUGGAUUCUAUUUUUUAUAAAACACAUUGUUUGCAAAUGCAAAUUGUAAACGUUCAGAUUCGAUGUAAAAAAAAAACAUCGUCAGACUUCCAAUAUACUUGCAUCUUCAGUAUACUGUUGUUCAAGAGAUUGGCAGUUCCAUACUCUGUGUAAUGGAGACAACAGUGACGGAUUGGCUGACAGUGGAGGUAGGGUUUCAUGGGUUAAACCCUGCAACCUUGGACACACUUGAAUAAAUCAGCCAUACCUAAAAUUAAGGUUAAGCUUGGCAUAGCCUGGAUUUCAUUAUUCCUCACACCAGCCAUUCAGAAUUGAUACUGUUUCCCUUUAAGCACUGUUUCUGCAUUGAAGUGAUUAAAUGAAUAGACUUAACAUGGGAUCUUAUGCUAUCUGGGAUCUGUUAUACAAAUCUAUUGUAAUAUUGUGUCAAGCAAAUAUAAGGCAUUGACGUAUGUCUUUACAUUCAUGGUGCUUUGUCGUGAACCUUACGCUGGGCGAAAGAUACUGGUACGAUGGCUUGUAGAAUGGGCUCCUGCACUCCAACUUGGCAAGUCGAUCAAAAUGCUGUUCACUUUAAAUAAAACAAGAUUCAUAAACUAAA